AGCGGCACACGUGUUGCCUGCUGUGGCCGUUUUUUACGACGCGACUCGACAUUUGGGUCAAGGUAAAGUGUGUGUGUAUGCGCUGCGUGCUAAAAAAAAGUUUUCCCUGUUGUUAAUCGAAAGCGGUAAAUUUUCAGAAAAACCAUGUCAAAAAUACAGUUGGCUUACUUCCAAGUUCGAGGUCGCGCCGAGGCCAUUAGAACUCUACUGGUUGACAACAAUGUGGAGUACGAGGAGACAGAUGUCGGACCUCGAGACAACUGGGUCAACAACUGGAAACCCAAAAUGGCAUUUGGUCAGUGCCCCUGGCUGAAGGAUGGAGACGUGGAGUUGGUGCAAUCAAACACCAUGCUCAGAUACCUGGCCAGGAAAUUGGAUUUGUAUGGAGCUAACAAUGUUGAAGCGUCCAGAGCUGACAUGAUAAAUGAUGGGGUAGAGGACCUAAGAGUGGCUUACACUAGAAUGAUUUAUCAGAACUAUGAAGAAGGAAAAGGUCCAUUUAUUGCAGAACUUCCUGGAAAACUGCAGUGUUUUGAGAACUUAAUGAAGAAUGGUGGAGACUAUAUUCUUGGUAGCAAGGUUUGCUUUGCCGACUAUAAUCUGUUUGAUCUCUUGGACGCCUUGGUGACCCUCUCGUCUCCCUGUCUCGAUGCCUUCCCUACCUUGAAGGCAUACUAUGACCGCGUGAUGAACAGACCAGGUGUACAGAAGAGAAGAUCCACGGAUCACUUUAAAGGUCUCACAAUUAAUGGAAACGGGAAACAAUGAGAGCUCUUGACAAUCAUUGUAAAGCAAGUGGUUAUCAUUUGUUUCACAAUUAUUAUUUCAUUCUUUAAGAUCAGCUGUUCAUCCUGUGUGUAUUUCAUAUAUGUUGACAUUCAUGAAAUUGUAUAUACUUUAAAAGCCGGAUGGGUUUGCUUAUAAGCAGUUGUUACUUGUUUUUUUUUACUUCGUUAAUUUUGAAUAUAUAUUAAGAAGACAUUUCUUUAUUAAAUAGUUGCUGAUGAUUGAUACAUACGAGUAUAUCAAGACAAAAAUGUGGAGCAUCAUUCAUGUCUUGAAUUAUACUUUUACUGUAUAUGAAUGUAAUUGUUUAAUUGUCAAAAUAUUUUUCAUUCUUCUAAAGACAUUCAUUGUACCCCAAAACGUUUUAUGGUUUCAUUGUCCAGUGUAUUCAAAAUGUUCUGCUAGAAAAUAAACAUGUUUAUAUUCAAAA